UGUUAUUCUUUUUUUAUAUAUAAAAUGUGUUGUGACUUAAAAAGGAGGUUUUUACUCCUAUAUGCCACACAAAAGGGGCAGGCGAAAGCCAUAGCGGAGGAGAUAGAGCAGCAAGCAGGAGCCCACGGACUCGAAGCUGAUAUGCACUGUAUGAGCGAGAUGGACAAGUAUAAUCUGGAAGCAGAAAAGGAUCCUGUAGUUAUUGUUAUUUCCACUACUGGUACUGGAGACCCACCAGACACUGCCCGCAAGCUCGUUAAGAAAAUUCAAGACAAGACCUUGCCACCUGAUCAUUUUGCACAUCUACAGUAUGGAUUGUUAGGCCUGGGCGAUUCCGAGUACACCUUCUUCUGCAACGGUGGCAAGACGGUCGACAGGCGACUUCAGGAGCUUGGUGCCCAGCGCUUCUACGGUACCGGAUUAGCAGAUGAUUGUGUAGGUUUGGAACUGGUGGUUGACCCUUGGAUUGAUGGACUUUGGCUUGCCCUCAAAGAAGCAUUUCUACUCCAGAAAGAAAAAGAAGGCAUGAGCACCAUUGCCAGUGCUGCUACUAACUCACUUUCUACAGUCCCAUGUGAACACAAACCAGACUUAACUUCAAAAAUGCAGCAGUUGAAGCUGGAAGAGGAGGGAGUGAGGAGUUCUGAUGUUCUGUCACAGAAACUGAUUGACAUUAAUCUUGUGACUCCAGCUCAAGACACUGAACCUUCGCUUGUUCAUUCGGUCCCUCCCAUCUCCCAGUCUGCUCUUAAUGUUCCUGCCUUGCCACCAGAAUAUAUAGAGGUUCAGUUGCAGGACACCCAUGGUGAGGAUCCCAGCCUGGCCUCGCUGAUUUCCGAGGGAGCAGUCUUUGAAGUGCCAGUUACAAAAGCAGUUCAGCUCACUAGAGAAGAUGCAGUAAAAACUGUCUUGCUCAUAGAACUUGAUAUUUCAGGUGCAACCUUUGACUACCAGCCUGGAGAUUCCUUUUGUGUAAUAUGUCCCAACAAUGCCAAUGAAGUAGAAGAACUUCUUCACAUCUUGGGACUUUCUGAAAAAGGAGAGCACUUUGUUGGUGUCAGGGUUAAACAGGGCACUAAAAAGAAAGGAGCAACACAUCCGCAACACAUUCCUGAGAGAAGCACUUUGAAGUUCAUUCUAACCUGGUGUCUGGAAAUAAGAGCAAUUCCGAAAAAGGCAUUUUUGCGAGCCCUUGUAGAGUGUACCAGUGAUGCAGGAGAGAAACGGAGGCUUCAAGAGCUUUGUAGCAGACAGGGAGCCUCCGAUUACACACGUUUCAUUAGGGAGCCCAAUGUCUGCCUGCUGGAUUUGCUUCAUGCCUUCCCAAGCUGCAGGCCUUCGCUCAGCCUGUUGAUUGAGCAUCUUCCUAAAUUACAACCCAGAUUCUAUUCAGUUUCAAGUUCGAACUUAUUUCAGCCAGGAAAAAUGUGCUUUGUGUUCAGUAUUGUGGAGUUUCCUGCCUAUCCCACCAGAGCAGUCUCAUGGAAAGGCGUAUGUACAGGCUGGCUUGCUGAGUUAGUUGGACCUCUACUGCAUACUAGUAAAAACAUUCAGGAUGCAAAGGGAGGAAGCCCUUUAACUGAAAAGAUACCUAUUUUUGCUCGCCCAAGCUGUACUUUCCACUUACCUGCAGACCCAUCUGUCCCUUUCAUGAUGGUUGGUCCCGGAACAGGAAUUUCACCAUUUAUUGGCUUCCUGCAACAUAGGCAAAAGCUCAGAGAAGAACAUAAAGACUGGGAAUUUGGAGAGACCUGGCUGUUUUUUGGUUGUCGGCAUCAGGAUAGAGACUAUUUAUUCAAAGAUGAGCUCAGAUGUUUUCUUGAAAGUGGCACAUUAACUCAUCUUAAGGUUUGUUUCUCAAGAGACUUGCCAGCUGCAGAGGUAGCCCCACCUAAGUAUGUGCAAGAUAUGGUUAGGCUUUAUGCUAAGGAAGUCGCCAGAAUCCUGCUGAAAGAGGGAGGCUACUUCUACGUAUGUGGAGAUAAGAAGCACAUGGCUGAUGGUGUAAGUGAUGCUGUAGUAGACAUUUUAAGCACGGAGAUGGGAGCUGACAGAUUGGAAGCAAUGAAAGUACUGGCCACACUUCGAGAAGCAAAACGAUAUUUGCAGGAUGUUUGGAGCUAAUUAUGUUUAUGCCAAUUUGUUUUGAUUUUUUUCUCUGCCUUGUUAAUGCAAAAGCUUUUGCAUUUUGCUUUUUAUGCUGCGUAUUGGCUUUCGCUUUUGACUAAAACCAUUGUCAUCAGUCCUGUCUGUAGUCACACAAUUUUUAGUGUUCCAUACUGACCUUUUAAACAGGAUUUUGAAACCUUUAAGCAAGAAACCGGGCCAGUUAGAAGUGUAACUUUUUUUUUGCAACACUGAAUAAUGGACUCUCAGUGCCUUGAUUCUCCAAUUUUAACAAUGGUACGAAUAGAAAGCAGAAACUUACGCACUUCUAGACUAUAACCUAGUGUGUUUAUAUAUGUAUUUUUACCUAUAAUGUGUACAUAAUGAAAUUAUUGAAUAAAUAUGGU